AUGUCCAAUCUUUAUACUUUUUCAUCUGAAACAUUAUCGGAGCUUCAGAAAUUCAGAUUUGCAAGCGCUAGGGCUUCAAAAAUGCAAGCAAUCAUCUACACAAUUGACAAAUCUACAUAUGAAGUCAAAAAGGAAUCAGAUGAAAUAUUCAAUGACAUAGAUAGUUUAAGAGAAGAAUUACCCGAUACUUCACCCAGAUUCAUCUUAUUAUCUUAUCCAUAUAAAUCAGAUGAUGGUAGAUUAGUCUCACCAUUGGUUUUAGUAUAUUGGAAACCUCCAAGUGGACAAGAAAUGAAAAUGUUAUUUGCUGGUGCAGUGGAAAUGUUCAGAGGCAAGGCCGGAGUUUCCAAACUUAUCAGUAUUGAAGAUGAAGAUGAAUUUGAUGAUAUAGAAGAACAGUUAAAAUAG